UUUUUAUUUGACUAUUUGCUCAAGAUGAGAAAUAAAGGAAAAGCAGCAGAGGGCAUCAUGAACGUGAUCGAUAACUACGACAGACCAGGAAAUGCCUAUGCUGAAGGACCGUAUGCUGGCACAGACACGUACACGUGUGCUUUCGAAGGCAAACCUGGAAAGCGUGUUCCUAAAGCCGGAGCCGUAGCCGAGGCCGGUGUAGGACGAGCUGGAGCAGCGUGGAGCGUCUUUUCAGCUGAAGCUAAAGGUCCAAAUGCUUCUGCCGAGGCUGAGGCUAACAUUCUGGAAGCAGGAGCCAUGGCUAAAGCUGAGAUCGGAAGUGUAUCAGCUGCAGCUGGUCCAGUGAAAGUGAAGCUGGGACUGGGGGUUGAUACUGGGGUCAAAAUUAGUCCCAUUAAAGCGGAGAUAAAGGUUCUUGGCACUGGGCUCACGUUCGGUGAAGAAAUGGGAAUUUCUGUUUUGGGAAGUGAAUUGAAAUGUGCAGUAAUGUGAUCAUAUUUAAAAAGAAGUUCUUUUUCUGUUAACUGAUUAAUCUUCUGUGUAAGAUUUUUACAGUGAUAAGAUGCUUAAUGCUUCCUCAGACUAUGAAUUCUAGCACUUACCAUAAUCCUCAUGUUUAGUGUUAAGUCACAGCUCUGUCUGGCAUUACUGCAAUCAGAAACCCUUCAUAUUACUGACAAUAGAAAAUAAAUAAAAUUGAAUAACCCUAGAAUUGUUUUUAUCACUAAAAGGAAACGUAAUGAAAUAAAUAAUGAUGCUUA